AUGCAUAGCUUGAAGUCAGGUACUGAACACCACGGAUUGAGAGCAAAACUAUGGGAAUCACUUGGUAAUUUGGCGGCCAUUCGCAAUAUCCACAGUCUAAACUGCAAUAGCCCUGGGGCGAGUGUCCCAAUUAUGUCCAUGAUACAAGUGCCGAGUUUGCGCGACAAUCGACUCUGCCACAAACCUUUCCCAUCACCAAACCUGAACCUGAACCUGAACCUGGACAACAAUUUGUACCCCAAUCAUCCACCUCUUGACCAGAAUAGCCGUUCUCCUACCGUCAUCCCACCCAGAGUACCCACGACUUCCUCAAUUGCAGCCCACCCGGUUCAACACUUGUCCAACAGCUACCACUCCGUGAUUCCACAUUCAUCCCGGCCACCAGCGGCCAGCAACCGACUGGAAUCCCACGUGGCUUCAACUUCCAAAAUUACGCCAUGAACAGCAUUGGCCAGGGUGCCGAGUACUACAAUGUUCUGGGGGCGGCCCUGGAAGAGACGAACGCACGAAUUGCCGAUCGGGUAUUCCUGCAUCUGGUUGAUGGCCAUCUCGGCCGCGUGGCAAUGGACGGACCAAGCCCCAUCCCUUGCCAGGACGGAUCCUGAGGUUGGGACAUAAUUCUCCUGCCGUCGUUCCCACCUGAAACCCUAUAACCACCAUCACCAGUUGUUAAAGAUGCUCCAGCGAGGAACACUGCCUCACGUGCCCAACUCAGCAAGAUCAAGCAAGAGGGGAGACCAUGAACAAUAGCUCUACCAACCGUGUACGGAAAAGGCCAUGAUGCCAUGUGGUUUCCAGGCGCUCAAGAACCUGAGCAUUCCAUCGCUGAGCUUGAAUCGACCCAUCAUCUUGAGCCACUCAAACCACG